AUGGUAUCAGCUCAACUGCCGAUGAGUUUCCGCGAACUCAAUCAAACCACAGUUCUCUUCAGCUCUACUCAACUAUCAAAAUCAUCUCCGACCUUCGUCUACCUGUAUCAAGUUCUGACUUUGUUCGCAAAGUCUAAGCAUCCGCCGCUGCUGUGCUCGCUGCACCAGCCCCUGACAGCGAAGUCUUUACAAAAGAUUUUGGAGCCUAUAGCGCUCCUGAAGUCGCCAACGCUCCUGAAGUCGCCAACGCUCCUGAAGCUGUCAAACGUUGUUCCUCGCGCGGACUGUGUUCUACCUGAUUAUGUCGAAAUCGACCCUACGAGGAAGUACACAAAAGAGGAAUUUGAUGCUAUUUGGGACCCAAAGACGCAUUGUGGCAGCUCCUCCGCUAGUGCGAAACGCGACCUAGGCAUUAUUUCUCACGAGCCUCCGUCCAAUGCCGUGGUUCCUAGAGCUAUCGAGAAGGGUCUUUCGAACAAAAUCGGUAUUAGAGCAGAUUUCAGUUGCCCUAGAACUGGGGGGGCUGCUCUCCCAUUAACCCGGAACAUGAUAUCCCAAUGCACAGUCGCUGCGCAGAACACAGGCGAUACUAUUGUCUACCCAAUUUGGAAAAAUAUUGAAAACUCUGAAAGGUUCAGUAUUGUCGGCAGGGCAGAGGCUAGAAGAGACGGUUUUCAAAACAACAACGCAUCACAUAAUUUCUCGCCGUCACUUUCCGCGAACCGCAAUUUAUUUGCUUCUUCAGGAUGGGAAUGCCUCUAA